AUGGCCCCAAAGUUAGUUCACUACUCGUUCAACAGUUUGCCCUCAAGAUCUCACCCUGUAACUUCAAAUGUAGAGGAGCAUUUGAACAGUUUAAAGGCUUCAGAAGCCACAUCAACAGUAUGCAACAAUCUGAAUGCUCUUGAAGAUUUGUACGAGCGUGUUGAUGAUAUGCUUCAGUUGCCGCCGUCCAACAGAUUCUAUCCAAUUAUCGCAGGACAAAUGCAUCGAGAAUGUGUUGGUAUCCCUCAGGGUGUUGGAUGUGUGUACUCAGCUAAAGACAUCUUGUCACAGCUGAAGGAAUCUGUUCAAAAUUUUGAAUCAUCCCUUCGAAGAAAAGAGAGAAGCCGGCCUUGCUAA